AUGGCCCUUUCAAAGAAGUACACCGAAGAACAGCUCAACUACUUCAGAAUUUGUUAUGUAACCACUGAUAUACUAGCCGAAGGCCUCAGAGAGCUUUUUAAACGUGAAUGGGACAAUCAAUAUAAAUCAACACCAUUGGGUGAAUGGAAAGAUGUGGCCCAGAAUGGAACGGACUUUUACAACGGCGAGUCUCCAAGAAAUCAAAGAAGAAAUGCUCAUAUUUUGGCCACCAUGAUAAAUGGAAACAGAGCGGAAUGGGAUUGCACAAUGCUGUUUUACGCCAUCCUUUACUCUGAUUGUGUCGGGCCCUACCUUGCAUCAACAGUCAGAAACAAUGUCGAUGAUCUUAGAAAAUUUAGAAACGAGGAAUUCGCCCACAUACCACAGGGAAGUCUCCCUGAGAUGGAUUUUCAGAAUGCCAUUGGCAAAGUUCAUGUUGCGUUUAAUGCUCUUGGUCUCUCUACUGUAAAAAUCAAUGACAUAAAAAAUCAGAAAACUUUCCCAACCGAUGAAUUACAUAAAAUUAUGAAAGAGGUUGGCGAUGUUAAACAAGAACUUCAAGAAAAAGAGAAACAGCGCCAGGUUCUUGAAGAUCAGCUUCAGAAAGAAGCACCGUCAUUCUGUAUUCUCCCUCCUAGACCUACACACGAAAUUGAAAGCCGUGAAAGUGAAGUAGCACAAAUAGACCUUCAGCUAAGGGAACUAAAGAAGGCCAAUGAGAAAAGGUUGAGUUAUCUGUACAUCUCAGGGAAUCCAGGAAGUGGCAAAUCACAACUAGCUGGCCUCGUCGCUGAAAGAUUCUUUAAUGAAGUAAACGAAAUACCAGGCACUUCGUCCUUUGUGAUGACCAUAAACGCUGCCAGUCAAGAUUCGCUUUUGGAGUCAUAUGCCAAUUUUUCUCUUCAGUUAAAGUGCCCAGACUUUUCAGUGAUGCAAACCUUGAGCUCUAAGGAUUGGAACAUUGAGGACAAGAUUUCCAAUCUCAAGAUGCUUAUUGCUGCAAAAAUUGGGUGUUACACGUCGUGGCUAAUGGUGGUGGACAACGUGACUAAACUGACUUUUGUACAUGAUCACCUACCACAGUCUGGAACCAAGACGUGGGCAAGAGGUCAGUUGUUAAUUACAACCCAGGAUACAAAGUCCAUCCCGUUAAAAAGUUCUUUCAUCAAUCACAUUUCAGUAAGCCAAGGAAUGAAUCCUUACGAUGCCACUUCCUUAUUGGCCAAGCUUUCUGGGGUCUUCGACAACGAGCUAGCGGAAAACGUUGCCCAGAAAUUGGACUAUCAGCCACUCGCUUUAGCAGGCGCGGCUGUGUUUGUCAAAGACAUUCGACAGGACAAAGGAUCGAAGCACUUUGGCUGGGACAAAUACCUAAAGAUUUUACAGAAAGGAAAACGAGAAGCGACCGAGGAUACCCUUCCUAAUACCAACCCAAUUUAUCCAAAUACGAUGACUACAGCAAUAACGUUAGCUGUCGAAGCACAAGUUAAAUCCGACAAGUUUUUUGAACACCUAUUCAGAUUUCUUUCUCUGUGCGCACCACAACCAUUAAACGUUGACAUAGCGGUUAGUUACCUUUUUAACGUUCUCGAACACGAUGACAGAGAGGACAAGGAACACAUUCGCGGGAGAUUCAGAAGAUGUUCACUGCUUCUUUUAGAGGAAAACGAAGAUAGUUGCUACUACAUUCGUGUACAUCAGGUUGUGCACAAAGCAAUGAAAUCGGUGAAGAGUGACUGUGCAGAGAAUCAAACGAUCAAGGUUGUAAGUGAAGCUGUUACAUCAUUUAACAAAUUUAUAGUCACAAUUCCACACGAAAAUAGAACAAUGGACACUAUGAACAUCAUUCCGCACGUAAGUGCCCUCAUUGUACCAAUUAAUACAGUUAUUAUGACAGAAAAUAUGUCUCAAGUCCAUGUUCAGGACAUUUCUCUAAAAUUGUCGAAUCUUGGCAACAUAUGUAAAAUGCACUGUGAAUUUAACGUGGCAAAGACAUACUUGGAAAACUCUCUCGCUGUUCGCAUCAGGCUGUUGGGAGACCAAAAUGUCGAUGUUGCAUCCGGGUACAAUGACUUAGCUUUAAUUCACCUAGACUUAGGUGACCUUGAACAAGCAAAGGAGUAUCAGCAACGUGGUUUAGCCAUCCAGCUCAAGAAGCUUGGUGCUGAACAUGUUUCUGUUGCAACAAGCUACGGUAACCUAGCUUUAAUUCACCAGGACUUAGGUGACCUUGAACAAGCAAAGGAGUAUCAGCAACGUGGUUUAGCCAUCAAACUCAAGAAGCUUGGUGCUGAACAUGUUUCUGUUGCAACAAGCUACGUUAACCUGGCUUCAAUUCACCAGGACUUAGGUGACCUUGAACAAGCAAAGGAGUAUCAGCAACGUGGUUUAGCCAUCCAACUCAAGAAGCUUGGUGCUGAACAUGUUUCUGUUGCAACAAGCUACGGUAACCUAGCUUUAAUUCACCAGGACUUAGGUGACCUUGAACAAGCAAAGGAGUAUCAGCAACGUGGUUUAGCCAUCGAACUCAAGAAGCUUGGUGCUGAACAUGUUUCUGUUGCAACAAGCUACGUUAACCUGGCUUCAAUUCACAAGGACUUAGCACUGGACGAAAAAACGGAUUUACUAAUGUUUGCGCAAGGUGCAAAUAUGUGGUAAAUUUGGAGCUCCAAAUUUACAUUAAAUUUGCGCUGUGGGCUAAAGUGUGGGCAAAUACAUAUAUUUGCUAGAUACGUAUUGAUACGCAAAAGUGAAGUAAAUGUAAUGGUUUGAUACAAAUUUGAUACAUAUUUGCAGCAUGGGCAAAUCUUCAACAUUUCUACCAGUUUACUCAAAUUUACAUCCUUGGCAAAAAUGACAGUUUUCACUUUACUUCAAAUGCAGGCAAAUAUAUUGCAAAACCACUUAUUUGCAGUGGUAUUUGCUCUUGUUUUUCCAGGAUACCAAAAGAACACUUUUGCAUGUGGUUUACUCGUAUUUGCCUUAAGAGCAAAAACAAUAAAUUUCUAGACAUUUGGCUGUAUCAUAAAUUUGCACAUUUGCACCAUAAUUAUCCAUAUUUGCAAGGGGAGCAAAUAUAGUGAGCUGCAUAACAUUUGCUGACAGUCAAAGGUGAUGUGCAUGUGACAUUUCCUAUAUGUUUGAUCCGUUUUGUGACUAAAGUAAAUUUCAAUCUCAACUGUAACAUUACAUUGUUACAAUAAAAUUUUGUACACGCUGUGAGACUCCCCAGGGGUCCAACCCCUUACAUGCAUCUUUCCUGUUAACUGUUUUAUGUGCACUGUCAUUUUAAUAUAAAGGAAUCAGAAACCAGUUAAUUUUUUUUUUGACAAUUUUACAUUCACAAAUUUCUUCUGUUAGUCUUUUUACAGAACGAAAUGACAGAUAGUCUACCCUGUCAUAUACUUUAACUCAGGAAAUCCCUAUCCUUUCAUACCUGAAGCAUGAAAAAAGGUGUCCCUUUCUGACAGCGCCCCUGGCAUAAACCUUUCCCGGGCUACUAAUUUAAAGCAAAUACACUAAUUCAAAUCCACUCGUUAUUAAGGUCCAGUAGUCAGAUCAUUGAUGCACUGUAUUUCCUACAGUCAGGGCCAUAGCCAGUAUGAGGCAAACCGAGGCACUUGCCUCUGUCAUUUAAGGUUUGAUACUGGCAGUGUUUUGUUUCAACGUAGUCAUCAUAAAGACCCUGAAUAGCUAAUACAAUUAUACUGCAGGGUUCUUUCUAUAUUUCCGACAAUAUUUAUACUGAUUCUAGAAUAUUAGGGGCAUAUAUCAUACGGGACUUAUUUGUUGUAGUUUUGACUGACCACCUAGAGAUGACUACAUCUCGAUGGUGGGCUUCCUAAAAAUGACCACAAUUUGAAAACUCAACAGCCAAUACUACAACAAAAUAUGGUGAAACUGCUCACAAUUUUAUUUGAACAUUAACUCAGCUGACAAAUUUAUGAAAGGCUAAUUUUUCUUACUCUAUUGUUUGCAACCCUGAGUUUAAGUUUCACUGAUUUUAAUGCUGAUUUGAGUUUUACUGUUCAUUAAGUACUACCUAUUCAAUCCAAAAAAGUCAUAGCAUUUCGGCUGGCUAAAAUUCACCUGAAGCCUGGUUAUUUGAACUUGGGAUACAAGGAGGAUCUACAGGAGCUACCAGUCAAAUUGUCAAAUCCUACCCGACAAAGCCCCCCCCCCCACCCCCAUAAACAAUGAACAGACCUUUAUUGGGUUACAGGAUCACAGGAGCUCUGAGUUGGCCUUAGGUCAUGAAAAGUAUAGAGCUACAAAGAAAAAACUAAGGUAGUGAAACAAAUUAACAUGCAGCCUUUAAACUUCUGGACUGGGUUGCUCAAAGAUGGGUUAAGAUAACACAAGGUUGGGUCCAGUGGUCAGAUCAUUUACUGCAUUUUUUGUACAUCAUACUAAAAAAUCAAAUUUGGUCCAAAAUAAAAAGUUUUGUGGAUUUCAAACUCAGUGUUGUGAUUAUUCACUUGUACAUAAUUUCCUCAUGGCCAUUUAACCAACAAACUUAAUUCAAUUUAAAACCAACAAUUUUAGUUUAACCGGUAUUUGUUGUAGUUUUGACUGCCCACCUAGAGAUGACCACAUCUCGAUGGCCGGCUUCCUAAAAAUGACCACAUUUUGAAAACCCAACCGCCAAUACUACAACAAAAUAUGGUGAAACUGCUCACAAUUUUAUUUUAACAUUAACUCAGCUGACAAAUUUAUGAAAGGCUAAUUUUUCUCACUUUGUUGUUUGCAACCCUGAGUUUGAGUUCCACUGAUUUUAAUGUUGAUUUUGAGUUUUACUGUUCAUUAAGCACUACCUAUUCAAUCCAAAAAGUCAUAGCAUUUUUGCUGGCUAGAAUUCACCUGAAGCCUGGUUAUUUGCUUGGGAUACAAGGAGGAUCUACAGGAGCUACAGGUCGAAAGGUCAAAUCCUACCUGACAGUCCCCCCCCUGCACAAUAAACAAUGCACAGAUCUUUAUUGGAUUACAGGAGCUCUGAUUUGGCAUUGGAUCAUGAAAAGUCUAGAGAUAUAAAGAAAAAACUAAGGUAGUGAAACAAAUUAACAUGCAGCAUUUAUCCUUCUGGACUGGGUUUCCUCACAGAUGGGUUAAGAUAACACAAGGUUAGGUCCAGUAGUCAGAUCAUUUACUGUAUUUUUUGUACAUCAUCCUAAAAUUCAAAUUUGGUCCAAAAUAAAAAGUUUUGUGGAUUUCAAACUCAGUGUUGUGAUUAUUCACUUGUACAUAAUUUCCUCAUGGCCAUUUAACCAACAAACUUAAUUCAAUUUAAAACCAACAAUUUUAGUUUAACCAGUAUUUGUUGUAGUUUUGACUGCCCACCUAGAGAUGACCACAUCUCGAUGGCCGGCUUCCUAAAAAUGACCACAUUUUGAAAACCCAACAGCCAAUACUACAACAAAAUAUGGUGAAACUGCUCACAAUUUUAUUUGAACAUUAACUCAGCUGACAAAUUUAUGAAAGGCUAAUUUUUCUCACUUUGUUGUUUGCAACCCUGAGUUUGAGUUCCACUGAUUUUAAUGUUGAUUUUGAGUUUUACUGUUCAUUAAGCACUACCUAUUCAAUCCAAAAAGUCAUAGCAUUUUUGCUGGCUAGAAUUCACCUGAAGCCUGGUUAUUUGCUUGGGAUACAAGGAGGAUCUACAGGAGCUACCGGUCGAAAGGUCAAAUCCUACCUGACAGUCCCCCUGCACAAUAAACAAUGCACAGAUCUUUAUUGGAUUACAGGAGCUCUGAUUUGGCAUUGGAUCAUGAAAAGUCUAGAGCUAUAAAGAAAAAACUAAGGUAGUGAAACAAAUCAACAUGCAGCCUUUACACUUCUGGACUGGGUUGCUCAAAGAUGGGUUAAGAUAACACAAGGUUGGGUCCAGUGGUCAGAUCAUUUACUGCAUUUUUUGUACAUCAUACUAAAAAAUCAAAUUUGGUCCAAAAUAAAAAGUUUUGUGGAUUUCAAACUCAGUGUUGUGAUUAUUCACUUGUACAUAAUUUCCUCAUGGCCAUUUAACCAACAAACUUAAUUCAAUUUAAAACCAACAAUUUUAGUUUAACCGGUAUUUGUUGUAGUUUUGACUGCCCACCUAGAGAUGACCACAUCUCGAUGGCCGGCUUCCUAAAAAUGACCACAUUUUGAAAACCCAACAGCCAAUACUACAACAAAAUAUGGUGAAACUGCUCACAAUUUUAUUUGAACAUUAACUCAGCUGACAAAUUUAUGAAAGGCUAAUUUUUCUCACUUUGUUGUUUGCAACCCUGAGUUUGAGUCUCACUGUUCAUUAAGUACUAGCUAUUCAAUCCAAAAAAAGCCAUAGCAUUUUUGCUGGCUAAAAUUCACCUGAAUCCUGGUUAUUUGAUCUUGGGAUACAAGGAGCGGGGUUGUGGCUUCCCCAAAAAAUUCUGAUGAAGAGAGGGUCUUCAUAUACAGGAGCUACCAGUCAAAUCCCCCCCAACAAAGCCCCCCCCCCCCUCCCUUAAAAAAUCAACAGACCCCUACUGGGUUACAGGAGCUCUGAGUUGGCCUUGGAUCAUGAAAAGUUGUAAGCUAUAAAGAAAAAACUAAGGCGAUGAAACAAAUUAACAUGCAGCAUUUAUUAUCCGUCCAGGCUGGGUUGUUUAAAGCUGGGUUAAGAUAACCCAAGGUUAGUACGAAAUAUGAAUUCAGAUAUGACAGUUUUAAAAACAAAUUCAUUUGAAUUCCUUUUGUCCACAAUUUGGUGAUUUGAUACUUAAAAAAAAGGGAAAAUUAUCUGACAAAAUGCUUUUGAUUAAAAGGAAAAAGAAACGCAGGUUAAAAUCUAGCACUGGGUUAGUGCUAAUCGGUCUUUGGAACAACUGGGCCCCGGUCUUUUUUUGGGUCCAAUUCUAAAUCACAUAACCACUUCGAAGUGAGUCAAUAUUGGUACAUAACCUGGGCAUGUGUUACAUUCCCCUUCUGUCAUUUGAUAAUAGUAAAGCCUAGGGUCGCACAAUGGGCAGGGAUCUCCAAUUACUAAAACUAAAAAUUCAAAAUGACACAGUAACUGUUGCACACAGUUACAGAGGGCCCACACUACCUACCCUUUACAUUAAGUAAAUACACUACAACAAAUCUACUGGACAAAGGUCCAGUAGUCAGAUCAUUUACUGUAUUUUUUCUACAUCAUAAUAUUAUUAUUAAAAAGCUAACAAUAACAAGGCCACCCACAGUACCUUAAAUUUGGUAAAAAAAAAAAAGGUUCUGUGCAUUUCAAAGUCAGGGUUGAGAUUAUUCACUUGUACACAAUUUCCUCAUGGCCAUUUAUUCAAGAAAAUUCACAUCAAAACUGACAAUUUUGUUCUUACCGCUAUUUGUUCUAGUUUUCACUGACUAUACCUAGAGAUGACCACAUCUUGAUGGUAAGCCUCCUAAAAAUGGCCACAUUUUGAAAGCCGAACAGCCAAUACUACAACAAAUGGUGAAAUUGCUUUGUAUUUCAUAUCAUUUGUGAAUAGAAACUCAGCACAGACAUGAAUGAAUAAUUUCUUUGCUGCUCUUUACAACCCUGAUUUUGAGUUCAAUAUGAUUUGUCUUUUUAAAACAUAUUAUCUGAGGCAUAUUUCUUAAGCUAUAUGUCAGUGCUAGUGAGCAGUCAUGGACUGCUGUUUUGAAGGGGCUUCCGAUAGCAAGAUAGCCUUUCCAAAAUCAGUGAGCAUUGGGUGGUACAUAUUGUUUACCUCUGUAAGAAUAAUGUUGUCACUCUUUAUAUCUCUGUGGGGAAACCUGUAUGAGUGCAAAAUAUGUUCUAUAGCUUCACACAAUUUCAGUACAUUAUGUUCCUGCAGAACACUGUGAAAGGGACAUGGAUUUCCUUAGCAGGGCACCGCACAAAGAAAAAGAAAAAUAAUAUUGUAAAGAUGGUAAAAAUAUAACCCAAGGAAGUACAUGUGAGGUUUCUGUUUUGUGACAUUUACCCCAAACAGAUGGGGUAUUGAUGGAUGCCAGCAUUCAGUAUAUAAGCUUCAAUUCUGUCAUCUUGUGAAGUGGAAAAAAUGAUUACUGUAAAUAAAUUGAGACCCACUGGAAUACCCCUGUAGCAUUUCUUCAUGCACAGACCACAAACAGCUUCCCCAUAUUGAACCUGUAUUUCAUUGACCUCUUUAUCUUUUGGAGAGUUCAGGUGAUGCAACUCAAUUUCAAGAACAUUGGAAAUAACUCCAGUACCACUCAAGGAAAAAUCUGAAACAAAUACACAAAAAAGUCACUAAACCCACUAAAAAUAACUGUUAAUUCUACCUUUAUUGAUAAUAUUGUGAAAUUAAAUGAAUUGUGUUACUUGUGUUGCCAUUAUCUUUAUGAACAUUAUAAAUACACAUGUGGCACAUUUUAGCAUUUUUGACCUUUUGACUCAGCUUACAUGUACAGCUGUAUCAUUAUAAACUAUUAUAAACAAAACAACCUUGUAUAUGAAAACAUGACAAAACAAAAAAAAACAUGUAACGUACAGGGUGCAAAGAAAGUCAUUUUUACAGCUUGCCAUUCGGGCAAGCUGAAGCUAACAUUUACUAGCCCAAACGUCAUUUCAACUACCCACAAAAUUUUUGAUUUAACAGUUCUUCUGUAAGGUGAAUUCCUCAAACUGCAUUGUACUUGCCCGUCGGGCAAGUGAAGAACAGAAUUUACUAGCCCGAUAGCAAAAUCCGCUAGCCCCGGGCUAUCGGACACUACUUUCUUUGCACGCUGAACGUAUAUAAAAUAAAGGCUCCACCCUACCCCUGUCAAAAUCAAUGGUACAAGUACAGGUAUUACGCUCAAUAUGUCAAUAUAGCGCCAGAGGUAGUAUAAAUUACUCAAGCAAUUAAUCUUGAGCUACUUCUGCCAAAUACCAAUAAAUUAGCAUUUUAACAUUGCAUAACUACAUAUUUAACUGACUUAACACCACUUAAAUUUUUCAACAAGGCUUUUUUCAGCUGGAUCACUACCACAUACACGCACGCGACACGCAUGCUCAUACAUGCUACAAAUGUAAAUAUGGAUGCAAAUGUAGUUUAUUCCCGGUUAUAACAUAGAUGUGGCAGUAGAAGCACGAUAUACAAAGCAAAAUACAUCGACUUUACCUAUUAAAUUUCGAACAUCCUUGAGAAGAAAUCCAGCAACAUAGGCAAUCUCUUCCUCCCGCCAAAUCGCCAAAAGACCGCGCGCCCGAUUUCCCAAGCAUUUGCGCCUGAGUGGUGCUGGUCAGCGACAGUCUGCAUAACCGUUCGAGAACGAGGCACAACAAUUGAAAUUCGUCGACCGUUAACGCGUUCCACUGCCAUCGAUUUGCCAUCAGCUUUUACUUCGUACGUUUAACGCCAUAUUUAUCAAGAGGUUUCGAAUUUUCCUUCUUUGUGGGGUUGACUGUCGAGUAUGGAGGAAUCGGCCAGUCUUAUUUGUUCGAAUUUAUCGAACGAAUGUGUCCUCGAAGAACUGAUAAAAAUAAUCGCUCGAACUCGAGGGAACUGCUUACUUAUAGAUCCUUCGACGAAAAUCCACCAUGAAAGACAUCUAGAUAGCUCCAUCGGCGACGAUCAAGUAGUAACGAGUGGAUCCAAGAAAAGCAGCCGUUAGUACUUAGUAAAUAGACUUCGGUGAAUCGAUGCUGUUUUAAUUAGCAGACAUUGUAAAACUAAGAAGAGGCAGGAGAAAUGUUGAGGACAAACAAAUGCUGAGGGAGCAACUAAUCGGGAGUAAAAGAAAUGCUCAGUAAGUAUAAGAAAGUUCGUUGUUACUGUUAAGCCGCUAAUGAUGCUAUUUGAUAAUACCUACAUUUGCAUUCCAAUAUUCAGUAAUCAACAAGGACCACCCCUACUCCUGAAACUUUAUUUGUCCUGUUGUUGUAAAAAAUACUGUAAUCUUUUGUUUGGUUGUUCUCUUCAGAUAAAUGGUCUUGGAAAGUUUAAUAAGAAUUGAAGCAAGCGUUAAUUCCCCUCUAUUAGGCCAAAAUUAACCUUAUCCUCAAGUGCCUACUUUCUCCAAAGGCUUUUCCAAAAUUUAAAAGGGGAGUAAAGGCAGUGACUGCCAUGGUGCUGAAAACAUAGUGUAGCUAGAAUUUAGAUCAUGGUACCCUGCUUUCACUGAUUGUUUUUUAUGAUCAUCCCAUGUAAGGGAUUCUGGAAUCCGGGAAAUUUUUGCUUAUGGAAUCCAGAAUUCGGGCAAUUUUUGUUACGGAAUCCUAAAUUCUGAGCUUUGAAACCUGAAAUACAAGUCAAACGAUUGGAAUCCAGAAACCAAGUAAUCCACUGAAAAAGGUUCCGGAAUCCGCAGCGUGGAAUCCAGAAUCUAAAACUGUCUUGGAUUCUCUCAUAUGAGGCAAUUAUAGUAUACCGUAUUUAUUCGAAUAAGCGCCCAACCUCGAAUUAGCGCCCACCUCGAAUAAGCGCCCAUCCCAAAGGCAGAAAAAGUUAAUAAGCACCCAGCCUCGAAUAAACGCCCACCCCACCCCACUCCCUCCCACACAAACUCAAAUAAGACAUAAGAGACCCUCCCGAAGACGGAGUUUUCUUCAGAGUAUUUUACAGAUUGGGCUGAAACCUUGCUUUGUUACUUCUUCGCUUUUUGUUAUUACCAUUUAUUAUUUUGUAACAAAAUAAACAUACUACACUUGCUGAGAAUGGCGAAAAUUUAAUAAGCGCCCAGCCUCGAAUAAGCACCCACCUCGAAUAAGCGCCCACUAUCAAGGCCCAAAAAUUUAAUAAGCGCCCAGGGCGGUUAAUUGAAUAAAUCUGGUAAUUAAACUUUUGUUCCCAAGAUACACUGUAAGUGAUGGCAAUAUUGCAGAAGAAGCAGGUUCAUAAAGUUUUAAGUAAUAUGUCAAUAAUGUUGUUAUGGUAGUGAUGUAGUGGGACACUCACUAUAAAAUUAAUACAAUGAUUUACCUGGAGUCAAUUGUCUUGUUACAAAAGGGUUUCUCGCAUUCAUUUUUUCGUUUUGUUUUUGCUCAAAGAAGGUCUUAGUUUUAACAGGUACAGUGUAAUCAGGAUUAUGAUGACCGCUUGGGGUUAGAUUUGAGACAUGAAAGUUACGAGCCAGCAAUUUGUUUAAACUAGUUAAUUUUGAUAUCAGUUAACUCAGGAAAUAAGUAAGUUUAGUCACCUAGUGUGACGGAGCCAGUAAUAAUACAUGUAAUAUCUAAUAGCAACCUUUUUUGCUAUAAAAGGCUAGAAUAUUUAGACAGAAAAGGACAAUAGUAUUUUUCAUGACAAGCAUCUACAGCUUUAGUUUCAAUAUUAAUGGUCUCAAUUAUGUAUAAUUUCUGUUUGUUGCAGAAAAAGCUGAAGAGACAACCCUUUUCAGUCAACCUCUAUUUCAAGAAGGAUUGUUGUAAGUUCAAAGCUUGUAUAAUUGUGGAGUACAUGUCUUCAGAGCAAGGCAAUACAGACCAAGGAGAUGACAAAUCCGAGAAAAGUGCUUUGCAGGAGGCCUCUUGCAUGGAGGAGUCAACAACUUAGCCUGUAAAAACCUCUUUGCCAAGCUGAACAGUAAAGCCAAAUUAAAACAGUCACAUGUAAGCUUGUCAUUACUCAAUGACGAUAGUAAGGACGAAUGGCUUCUCCUCAGAGCAGGAGGCACCAGAUAAUGCUCCUGAAUUUGCUUUGUGAUAAGGAAAUAUAAGUUAAUCCAAGGCUCUUAAAGAAAUUCCAGAUUAUUUAUGACUGGUCAUACUUACAGGUACAUGUACAUGUAGCUCUGCAAAUACAGUAAUCCUUUAAUCACUCUCUGUUUAUGACACUGUUUUUUAGAAAAAGAUAAAUCUGUGUAAACAGUACAAAUCCUGAUGGUGUUGAUUUGUCCUGAGAAUUCUGGUGGCAGGUAGAUCAAAUUGGUUGAUGUGAUAAAUUUUUCAUUAGAAUCCUUUGGCUAUUGUUUGCAAGUAAUGUACCAGUCAGCAGGUUAAAAAAAACCAAUUUAUUAAUGUACACAUGUUUCUUUUUAAAUCUGUUUGCUUAACUGCAGGCAUUUGAGUUCUGCUGGCACCACUUCACGGUACAUUUGUACCGAUUACAGCAAUUGCAACUGACCUGCUUGAACAAAAAAAAAAAAAAAUUUAGGUACACCCUGCUUUUUGUCAUGAUUUAUUACAGAAUUUUGCAAAGGAUUGCAACAUGACUCAAGAAAAAGAGUAAUGAGAGACAGCAGUGUAGUUAUUUUGCAGGCUAGCCAGAUCAACCUUUUGUACUACAUGUACGUGUAUACUGAGUUUAAAAUAAUUAUUAGCUUCUUUCAUUGGGACCAACUACAGUGACAAUGGUAAUGUUGACAUGCUGUGGAAUACUUAUAGCUGGUCAUUACUUUCAUGACCCUCAAUUUUCUUAGAACGGGGCAAAUACUAGAAGCUCCGGCUGGUACUUCCUCUAAGAGCAUAUCCAAUACUAUACAGGAACCAUUAGCAACGAAAAUGAAGUUAAAGAAGUCUGAUCUGAAUUUGAAUAGCUAUAUGUACCUAAACUAUUUCUUAGUUUGCUAAAUGCUAUAACACAGUUGUUAUACCGGCAAAAAUUGUAAAUUGGUAGCAAGAAUUAGGCCUUUCAUGCUAAUAGAGCCUCAAGGAAAAAAUGCCACCAGAAUCAAAUUUUGUUUAAUCUGUAAAUAGCAAUAAAUACAAAAAUACUAAUUAUUUAUUAAAAUGGGUGUCUUGAGGGUUCCAUUUAGUUGAAACAGGAUUUGGUCCUUAGAUACAAAAGUUUAAGUAAGAAAUAGUCUUGUCACAAGUAAAUAUUGGUCCAAGGGUGAAAGGAUUUUUAAUCUGUUUCUGAGUUGCAAAAACCUAAAGAACUGAAAUAGGUUUGAGGCAACUCUGAAACACCUACAGCUGUAUGUAGAAUAUCUUACACAUUUAGAUGAAGAACACUUUUCUUAUAAUAUUAAUAGUUAGUAAUGAUCUGAUAGAGCAUAGAGUGGAGACAAGUAAACAUCAACGAACAGUAAAAUUGGGAAUUAAUAUGAAGAGCUGUAUGUACAGCUUUAUACUGUAGUUUGUAAUGUCUGUAAUAAUGUGUAAGCCACUUUGGUUUAUGGAAUAAAUCAUUUGAACAUUAAUGGGAGGUCACUGCUAGAAUUUCUUUCAGUAACUUUAAUGUUUGAUUAAUUAUGGCCACUUGUUAAGAAACUGAAGUGAGCCAUAUUAUAAUUUAAAAUAUUUUUAAAAUUUUAUCGCAUUUGCUACAACCCAAGGAAACUCGUUUAAACCUUGGAAUUUACAUUUGCUACUGGAGAAAACAUGCUCAAUUUUAUGGGUUUGAUGACAUUUGUCAACCAAAUUAAAGAUAGAAUUUGAUUACAUUUGCUACCUGAGCGAAAAAUUGCACAAUACUAACAGUUUGAUCAGAUUUGCUGCCCAAGCAACUUUGUUCAAAACUUGACUUUUGACCACAUUUGCCGCUACAAGCAAAAUUUUGUGUUUGAUCAAAUUUGCACACCCUAGAAAAUUUGCUCAAAGUUUAGGUUUGCUAACAUUUGCUUCGUGAGCAAACAUGUUUAAUACAAAGAGUUUGGUUACAUUUGCCAUGCAAAGCAAUCUGGUUCAAUUAUGAAAAUUUGACCACCCAUGAUAACCCAAGCAAACAUUGUUCAAAUUAGAUACUUCGCUCACAUCUGCAAAGCUGCGUAAACGUUCUGAAAAUAACAGGUUUACAUGCUUUUACAUCUAAAGCAAAAGCUGUGCAAAACAGCAGAUUUGCGCUAUCAUUUGCGUAAUGUGCAAAUAUAGUUCAAAGAAACAUAUUUGCCUACACAUUUGAACCAUCUGCAAAUGACCCUCAAAUUCAUGGCUGCCCAUUAUCUUUGCACCAAGAUUUAAAUGUUGUGCAAAUGUGGCAUUUACCGUCAUUGCUACGGAUAGCAAAUCUAGUGCAAUAUCAGUCUUUGCUCUUGCGCAAAAUUGUGCAAAUGUGGUAUUUGCUACACAUUUACUGUAAUUUGGCUACCCUAGUAAAUCCAUUUUUUCGUCUAGUGUAUAGGUGACCUUGAACAAGCAAAGGAGUAUCAGCAACGUGGUUUAGCCAUCGAACUCAAAAAGCUUGGUGCUGAACAUGUUUCUGUUGCAACAAGCUACGGUAACCUAGCUUUAAUUCACAAGGACUUAGGUGACCUUGAACAAGCAAAGGAGUAUCAGCAACGUGGUUUAGCCAUCCAACUCAAGAAGCUUGGUGCUGAACAUGUUUCUGUUGCAACAAGCUACGUUAACCUGGCUUCAAUUCACAAGGACUUAGGUGACCUUGAACAAGCAAAGGAGUAUCAGCAACGUGGUUUAGCCAUCGAACUCAAAAAGCUUGGUGCUGAACAUGUUUCUGUUGCAACAAGCUACGGUAACCUAGCUUUAAUUCACAAGGACUUAGGUGACCUUGAACAAGCAAAGGAGUAUCAGCAACGUGGUUUAGCCAUCCAACUCAAGAAGCUUGGUGCUGAACAUGUUUCUGUUGCAACAAGCUACGGUAACCUAGCUUUAAUUCACCAGGACUUAGGUGACCUUGAACAAGCAAAGGAGUAUCAGCAACGUGGUUUAGCCAUCGAACUCAAGAAGCUUGGUGCUGAACAUGUUUCUGUUGCAACAAGCUACGUUAACCUGGCUUCAAUUCACCAGGACUUAGGUGACCUUGAACAAGCAAAGGAGUAUCAGCAACGUGGUUUAGCCAUCCAACUCAAGAAGCUUGGUGCUGAACAUGUUUCUGUUGCAAAAAGCUACGGUAACCUAGCUUUAAUUCACCAGGACUUAGGUGACCUUGAACAAGCAAAGGAGUAUCAGCAACGUGGUUUAGCCAUCCAACUCAAGAAGCUUGGUGCUGAACAUGUUUCUGUUGCAACAAGCUACGUUAACCUGGCUUCAAUUCACCAGGGCUUAGGUGACCUUGAACAAGCAAAGGAGUAUCAGCAACGUGGUUUAGCCAUCCAACUCAAGAAGCUUGGUGCUGAACAUGUUUCUGUUGCAACAAGCUACGGUAACCUAGCUUUAAUUUACCAGGACUUAGGUGACCUUGAACAAGCAAAGGAGUAUCAGCAACGUGGUUUAGCCAUCCAACUCAAGAAGCUUGGUGCUGAACAUGUUUCUGUUGCAACAAGCUACGUUAACCUGGCUUCAAUUCACCAGGGCUUAGGUGACCUUGAACAAGCAAAGGAGUAUCAGCAACGUGGUUUAGCCAUCCAACUCAAGAAGCUUGGUGCUGAACAUGUUUCUGUUGCAACAAGCUACGGUAACCUAGCUUUAAUUUACCAGGACUUAGGUGACCUUGAACAAGCAAAGGAGUAUCAGCAACGUGGUUUAGCCAUCCAACUCAAGAAGCUUGGUGCUGAACAUGUUUCUGUUGCAACAAGCUACGUUAACCUGGCUUCAAUUCACAAGGUCUUAGGUGACCUUGAACAAGCAAAGGAGUAUCAGCAACGUGGUUUAGCCAUCCAACUCAAGAAGCUUGGUGCUGAACAUGUUUCUGUUGCAACAAGCUACGUUAACCUGGCUUCAAUUCACAAGGACUUAGGUGACCUUGAACAAGCAAAGGAGUAUCAGCAACGUGGUUUAGCCAUCCAACUCAAGAAGCUUGGUGCUGAACAUGUUUCUGUUGCAACAAGCUACGGUAACCUAGCUUUAAUUCACAAGGACUUAAUUGACCUUGAACAAGCAAAGGAGUAUCAGCAAAGUGGUUUAGCCAUCCAACUCAAGAAGCUUGGUGCUGAACAUGUUUCUGUUGCAACAAGCUACGGUAACCUAGCUUUAAUUCACAAGGACUUAGGUGACCUUGAACAAGCAAAGGAGUAUCAGCAACGUGGUUUAGCCAUCCAACUCAAGAAGCUUGGUGCUGAACAUGUUUCUGUUGCAACAAGCUAC